AUGCAAUUUGAUCCAGAAAUCACUUCAGUAAAUUUCAGUCUUGCCAAAAUUAGGAAUGAUUUACAACUACCUUUGAUAAAUUGUCAAAUUCGUGGUCUAGUUAACAGUUGUUCGUGGAUUGCGGAAUUGCUAUUGUCAAUUCAACAGACAUUGUCAAAAUCGGAUUCAUCAGUACCCUCUACCUCACCUGGAUCUUUAAUGGCUGUACAAUAUGAUGGUCUUUCACUCGAAAAUUUUUCAACGUACAAUUUAGCUAAAUGCUAUUUUGAUAACAAGGAUUUCUUAAGAUGUAGCCACCUACUUUCGUCAUUAGCCGGUUCCCAUCCUCUAAUUGACUUUCUAUUUUUCUAUUCUCGGUACAUGGCGAUUGAAAAGAGAGGUACAGAUGAGGCUAUAACAAAUAAAGAGGAUUCAUCGAGACAACCGGUAUUUCCUUAUCCUUCAGAUAACUACAGAAAGUCGCUAUUCGAAUUAAAAACUGACAUUGAGCGCAGAUAUGGCGCUGAAGAGGUUAUUCAAGGUACAUCUCUUAAUGCAUUUCUCUCUUCGAGCGUGGAUGUUUAUACUGCCUACGUAUUAGCUCUAGUUCAUAUUCGGUUGGGUUGCCAAAAGUCGGCUCUUAAGAUUCUCUCCCACAUUGUAAAGAAAGAUUCCUUAUUAUGGCCAGCUUGGUUUGAAAUGUCAAAAUUAUUUGAAGAUCGGGAGAAUUUCGAUCGAGCCUUUCCUCCUGUCACAACAGUAGAUAAUGGCAACUGGAUGAGAGCAAUAUUUCGUGCCAAGGCACUCCUCAACUUUCAAGACACUGAACGUGCCCUUGCAAUCCUAACCUGCCUUUCGAAUGGUGGGUUCCAUAAUAGUUUAAACCUUCAGGCAGACAUUGCGGAUGCUCAUGAAAAACUUCGAGACCAUGAUAUCUCAGCUACCAUUUACAAGAAUAUUUUCACAGUUGAUCCCUAUCGACUAACUGACGCCGAUAUCUAUUCAAAUGUUCUUUUUGUCAAAGCCGACCAUGAGGAAUUAGCCUUUUUAGCACGUCGAUGCUCAGAGAUUGAUAAGUACAGACCAGAGACUUGUUGCGUUUUGGGGAACUUUUAUGGUCUUCGUGGUCAGCACGACAAGGCUGUACUCUAUUUUCAAAGAGCUCUACGAUUGCAACCGAGAUAUGUUCUCGUUUGGAUUCUUCUUGGCCAUGAAUAUGUAGAGAUGCAGCAUUUACAGUUGGCUAUCUAUGCAUAUAAUCAGGCAAUAAUGCAUAAUAGGUAUGACCAUCGUGGAUGGUAUGGCUUGGGGCAGCUCUAUGAGUUCAUCAAGCAACCUCAACAUGCUCUCUACUACUAUAAAAACUCGACCUUUGCCACUAAUAUCUCUAUUGAGACCAUAGUUCUCGUACUUCGUAAGAUUGAUCUUGCUGAAUUGUGCGUUUAUGUGUGUGGCUUCCGCAAUUUUAUCUAUAACGUCAAUGAACUUGACAUUCAGGUUUUGGGUUUGGAAAAGAGAUUUUUCAUUCUAUCAGGAUAUUACUAUUUGGCUUUGAUCAACUUAUCCGGUUGCUGUCGGUUUAAAGCUGCUUCUGAGGGGUCAAAUAGGACUAUGAUAGCGACUUCACCAGCCAAUUCAAAGGUUCUCUUUACCAAGUUAAUGGUUUUGAGAAACGUUUUUGAGAACGGCUUUUUGCGUGCGCAGUACCUCUGUCCGUCAGAUUCACGUGUAAUUGUGGCAUUAGGUGAUAUGUACGAACAGCAAAACAAUGUUGAAUGCGCGAAAAUGUGCUUCUGGCGAGCUUACUGUGUCGGUGAUGUGGAGGGGACUGCGCUCUUCUCGUUGGCUCGCUGCUAUGAGAAGUCCGGCAACGAUUGUGAAGCCGCCGCUGCCUACACUCAAUUCAUCCGCCAAUGCGAAGCUCGUGGUGUAAGCAACGAAUCUGAUCUAGGACAGGCGUAUCGUUUUCUUGCAAAUUACCACUUCAGGUAUGGACAUCACAGCGACGCUGUUGUGGCGAUCAACAAGUGUCUGGAUUUUCCGGAAAUACGGGAGGAGGCCAAAGCACUCUGCCUCCAAGUGACUCUCAUCUCAGGUUCUGGAUCGGGGACUUUGAGUGACGCAACUCACCAAGUGCUUCCACCAGCCAUGCCUUCUACGCCAGACACCAAAAGAAAUACAACCGUAGAUCUCCUUGCUGAUCGCCCAAUAGUAAGAGCUCGAAGACGACUUCAGGGCUCUGAUUUCACCACCAAUGCUGAAAGUAAAAUGGUACUAAGUCAAGAAAUGAAACCAGUAAUAACAGAAAAAUACCUGCCUUUUCAACUAAGUCGUGCUCGAUUUGCCUCCGUAUUUGGACCACAAUUGGAACCCUUGGUCAUUACGGGCAGUGCACAGGAAGAGUUUAACUCUCUUUGUGUAUGGCAGUACAACCAAUAUACUAAUUACGGUUCGAACUUCAAAGGUAGUGAAACAACAGAUGUUGAGGUGCCAACUCCUCUCUCCGAUUCAUCUGAUGAACCCCGAUUGGUCUGCUCUGCGGUCCAUGCCGGAAGUGUUACUCAACUUAAACCACGUGCUGAUUCUCGUCUUAUAUUCACGGGUUCGUCUAUGGGCUUCGUGGGUAUGUAUAGCCUUAGUCUACCUGAGACCGAACAGGAUGUCUUUCGCCUUCAUGAAGUUGGCUACUGGUCGCGCGCGCCCUCAAAUCCUGCUGACGAACUACGACGAGUCGAUGUACCCAUUUCCGACGUUGCGGUUUCAUCAGAUGCCAGUCAAGUUUUUGCGGCCAACGACAAUGGUGAACUCUUUGUGUUGGAUACGGAGACACUCGCUGUAAAACAGCAAUUGAUUAUGUCUGGUCUGGGUCAUGACUUGUCGACAAUCAAUGCACUUGAGCCAUUAGACCCUAGCUGCUUGGUCAGCGCAAAUCAGCUUGGACAACUUAAUAUUUGGGAUCUGCGCGACAGGCACACAUCUACCAUUCCAUCUAAGAAGAUCGUUCCGUCGGGUGAACCGAUUCCCUUGUUGUGUUUGUCUCAACAUCCUGGCCAGUCACAUCUACUUGCAGUUGGUGGUGUAGCGAACAAUUAUAGUAGUGGGGAUCAAUCAAUGGCAACAACAACCAGCUAUAUUUGGGACCUUAGGGAAGAACGACAUCCUCUAAGUGAGAUCGCUUGUAGAGGCGGCACCGUCUGGGAAAUAGGCUUCCACUCACACCAACCCCAGUAUCUCUUUUUGGCCACUGAGGAAGCCGGUCUCAUGCGAAUCCAUUCGCCCACUUCCACUGCAGACUCCUCGUGGUCAUUCCAGCAAAUUUCUCAAAAGUUGACCUCAGCUUGCGUGACUUCUAAUCCCACUCCGUAUUGUUCUGUGAAUACUUAUGAUUUGGCUGGCGAUCUUAUUGUCUGUGGUCGAGAUAAGUGCACUCUGCAAACUGUAAAGGAUUCUGCUUUUUCAAUGGGCAGUUCCCACUCAAGUCCUGAAACCCGAAAAUUGAAGUGCUUUCCAGCAAUAAGAACACUACCAGAAACCUCCAUGAACGCUGAACCCUUCCCGGAGAAUCAUACUGUGGUUAAUGGAACUGCAUCAGAAGUAAACUCUUCUCACUCGCCUUCCAAUUCAGUUGAGGCUGGUGGUAGUUUCGUGAAAAAAAAUAAAGGUCGAUGUUGGCUGCAUAAAAUUGCUAAACCGUCGUCUUUUCAUUCUGGGCGUCAAUGGUAUCAGUCAGGAAAUUCUAAUGAAACUGAAGAAUUUGAUAAAAGUGUUUUAAAUACCUCUAGACAAAAAUCGCUUUCUAAUACUAAGUCGCCGCAACAACUGAACCAUGUUCUUUCGUCCGACUCAGACCUUCCAGUUUUCUCUCCUGUUCCUGAGGAAAAGGAAUUUGAUGGGAGCCCCACCUUAUCAUCUUCAGUAGUGCAAAGUGCUAAACAAAGUAGAAAUAUAGGGCGUUUGAGUUUACUGUCUCCAAACGGGACGUAUCCCCUACGUCUUCGUAGUGAGUCCUCAGUAUCAAGGAAUCAAUAUCGUCGACGGAACCGCAUGAGUAAAUUACCCGAUUUUCUUUCUCUGGACUCAGAUGUUGCCCAUGAAACUCCCAUGACUUGCACCCUCCUGCACUAUUCUUCAGCGAACGGUAACAAUAAGGAGUUUCCCUUUCUCCCAGAGGGCACUGCCUAUCUCCUUUCUGAUGAGCAGCAUCGAUCAGUUGAACAGACUUUAUGCAGUACCAAACUCCUACUUCAUCGUUUGAAGAGAGUGCUGAUCGAGGUAUGA